AUGGUGUUCCGCCGCCGAAUGAGUCCGCUCGAUGAAAUGAAGAGUCUGCAGAUGUUGAGUAAGCGAGACCCAGAAUCUGCAGCAAACUUGGUGGCCAAUGGAAAAUUUCUUGUCAAUAUUGUCCGCGAUGGAAAUCUACGUGCUUUGAUGUGUGCAGUCGAACAACUUCAAGAGGGUCAAGUGUUAACAUUUUAUGCCGUGCGAAUGUUUCGGGAAGCUUGCGCAAUAAAAAGACUAGACAUUCUCCAUUACAUGCUACAGAAUGGCUUCGACCUUCAGCAAAGCUACAUGUGGGACACCUUGCAUAGUAUAAUCGAAACUGUUGACAGCAAUCACAGCGCCGAGCUUGUACAACCUCUCAUCCGAUUUUUGUUGAAUGCUGGCAUUGAUGUCAACUGGCAAAGGAAAUCCGAUCUGUUUACAGCUUUACACGUUGCAUGCUGCAAAAAUCUGUACUCCAUUUCGUAUCUACUUGUCAUAUAUGGUGCUGAUGUGAACGCAGUUGCGGCGGACGAUGCCAUGCCACUGUCAUGCGUGAAAAAUAUUGAAAAAGUCACUGAAGCUGAGCGAACGCAGAUGGAAUUGCUCAAGCAUUUUCUAUUGAAACGUCAAGCGCGUACAAGCUGGAGAAAGCAAAAUUGUCCAACAACAGCAAUCAAUGUCAGCUCCUUAAACGAAGCUGUAGGUUUAUUUAGUCCAAAAUCUCGGCACACUCCUGCAACGAUGAUCAAUCGACCAAUUCUUAGCUUUUCCAGUAGCUUUGGCAUUCAGAGCAGCGUCGAGGAAUCAAUCGAUGAUCAGAAUCAACCUGGUCUUGUCUUCGACACAACAGACAGUUAUUAA